AUCGUUACCCGCACAUCAUUGCAACCUAGCUCACCACUGCCGUCAUCUCCACCGCCUUCGCCGAACCUGAAGCUCAGGCCGUCAGUCGCGCUGUGAAGCCUCACACCGUCCCUUCGUUUGUCCUUGGUUCUGCCGUAGCCCGACUGCAAAUCAUGUCCGCCAUGGAGCGCCCCCAGCAGAGGCAGCGGUCCGCCACGACCUUUAGCUUCAAGAGUGACAAGAGCCAUAGCUCCAAGAACCAAGAAAAACACCAAAAGGAAUCUCUGCGCGAGUCCCACGAGGAGAAACGCAAAAGCCACCUCAAUUCCAAGUCGAAGGCCGACCCGAACGCUGCCAUGACCGAGAACCAGCCCAUUGCUGCGGCGCUCGAGAAACCUACCCUUCAGUCCCUCCGAUCCUUCCAACACACCGAUGUCCACGGAAACCCGAUCGCUGAGCCCGAUCUAUCCAAUCCCACACGACCGCGCUGGGAAAGACCGCUAGACACUAUCAAAAGUUUCGAAGCCGCCAUUGACAAUGAAUACAAGCGGAGGAGGUCGGUGUUGCGUGCAGAGUCUUCACCCGAAGUCAACAACGGAUACCAGAGCCGUAGGAACAGCUAUCAUGGUGGAGGUUACGAUAAUAGUCGCUAUUCACAAGCUGGUGGACAAGUCGGUGGACAAGUCGGUGGUUACUAUGGCAGCCGUGCUGCUGCAGCUGCCCGAGAAAGCACCUACGCCGACAGCCAGUAUGGACCCAUGGGCGGUGCUCCUCCUCGCUCCCGAUACAGCCAGCGCCUUCAAUCUGACCCUCGCCUUCAAUCUGACCCUGCAUUGAACCGAUAUCCCCCCGCUCAGGGCCAGGGCGUGUACCCAAACCCCACUCCGGGAUACCAGCAGUCGAGGGACACAGUCCAAACGGAGCGAUCGAACGGCAGCCAUAGUGAUCCUUGGGCCAACUCGACCGACCCUAGCAGCGAGAACAGCUCCAUCGAGCGGGCACUUCCUGUUCAAAAGCCUGUCCAAAACAUUCCCGAUGGAGCGGAGUAUGGGUUCAAUGGUUUCGGAGGAGCCCCGCAGUUCCAAGGACCCAUCCUAGAGGAGUAUGGAAAUGGCAAUAAUGCGACUUACGCCCCGCGGAACGGCGGACCUCCCCCGGCAAAUGGCACGCACUUACAGCCAACUGCAGCCAACAUCCCUCCGCCAGUCCCCGCAAAGACCACAGGCACCAUCAAGCUUGGAGGCAACUACUCCGAGCAACCACCUCAGGUCGACGCUGGAGCUCGACCGAACACGCUCCAACGCCAGAACACCGAUAAAAGAAAGAGCUGGUUUAAGAGGAGGUUUAGCAAGGAUUGAUUACUGCGUGUAUUUGUACGCUUGCACCGAGGUGGCAUCACAGAUGCAUUUUCGAGCGUUGUCGAUGCAGCAAAUCGUUGCAUAGUAAUGGAUGUUGA